CGGCCACGGCUGGAUCCAUGUAAAUGGCGACCAUGCAGUGAUAUGGAGGACGUAUCGUCAGCGCAAAAUCACAGUCAGUUGGGGCCGCCGGGGGGCCCCAUGGGCAUGAACGCCAAAAUGAACCAAGAAGAACCAGCGCAGAGGCCCCAGUACUCCAUACCCGGGAUUUUACACUUUAUACAGCACGAGUGGGCCCGCUUCGAAAUGGAGAGAGCCCAGUGGGACGUCGAGAGAGCCGAGUUCCAAGCAAGGAUAGCAUUUCUUCAGGGUGAGCGCAAAGGGCAGGAGAACCUAAAGAACGACCUCAUCAGGCGAAUAAAGAUGCUUGAGUUUGCCCUCAAGCAGGAAAGGAUCAAGUCUCACAAGCUGAAGUACGACACGGAUCCAAACCCCGCAGAGUUGAAGGCGCCUGUCUUCGACGAUGUCAACAAAGAGGAGCCCAUGGACGGCGAGUUGUUCAUCACGAGCAACAGCAACGUGUCGUGGAGGCAAGGACGCCAACUUUUAAGACAGUACCUGCAAGAGAUAGGCUACACGGACACCAUCCUGGACGUGCGGUCGGCGCGGGUUCGGACACUUCUGGGGCUGGGACCUGCGACCAACGCCGGCUCCGGGAAUGCGCCCGAGGACAAGGCCGCCCACCCGACCGUCAACGGUGGAAGCGCCGGUGGAACGGCCCCCGGGGAACCCAUCAAGCAGCGGGCCUCGGAUACGCAGAGGAGGGUACCAGGCAAGAAGAUAGUCAAUGUGGCUGAGAACGCGCUACUCGACACGGAAGCCUCGGUCUUGGCGACGUUCGACUUUCUGGCCACAGAAAACGUGGACAUGGAGGACGACGAAGACAAUUUUAGUGACGAGAUGGAAGAUGCGGUGUCUGCGGACGACGAGGCGGAGGAGCGGAUGGACAACAGGCGAAUAAAAUCAAAGGUUCUAGGAUCUGGGGACGAGCUAGGGGAAGCGGACACGGAAAACGUGCUAACGGAAUUUGACUUCCUGGGGCCCGACUCCACGGAAGGCCGGGAAGGUGGCCGCAAUCAGGGCGAUGGUUCCGAGUGGGACGGUUGUGCUGUGGACGACGACGAGGAGGAUGAGGAAGAAAUGGCGCAGCGGUGGGGUGCCGAUCCACAGCUCAUUAACCAGCUGGUCGAGGAGUACCGGCGAGAGCGCCGAGGUCGCAAGGGCACGAGCGCACCCGUCUCAUCCCAGAGACCCAAGCGGUCUGCCUUGCAAGCGAUGCUGGCUUCGCUGUCGACACCCGGCACGGCCGCCGCUUCUUCCAACGAGGGCGGGCAGGGGGGCAACCCCCCCUUUGCCUUUGUGACGAACCCGCUGCCUCGCAUCCCGGCUUUUUCGGCCCCCUCGGCCCCGCCUCCUGCGGUGCCGUCCUCCUCGGCCUCCCAGAACCUGUCCUCCACCUCCCCUUCGUCCACGACCUUCGGUAUGGCGGCGUCGGGCGACAUUGUCGUGAACGGACAGUUGGGGGGUCGGCAGCCCAUCGCUGCGCGCAUCGCCAGUUACAGCGCCUUUUUGGAAGAGGCCGACAACGCCGGUCCACGGAGGCCACUGAUGGGGGCACCGGGUGUGGACGAGGACGCCAUCGAUGCAACACUGGGCCUGGGGGAGCUGGCAGGCCUGACAGUCAACAACGAGGCAGAGUCCAGUUACGAUAUUUCAGCCACGAAAGAGUCGUUCAGGAAAACGUGGAAUGCCAAGUACACUCUCAGAAGCCACUUUGACGGCGUACGUGCGUUGGCAUUCCAUCCUGUCGAUUCAGUGCUCAUUACGGCAUCGGAGGACCACACGUUGAAACUUUGGAACUUGCAGAAGACAGUGCCCGCCAAGAAGACGGCAGCGCUAGAUGUGGAACCGGUCUACACAUUCAGGGCGCAUUCGGGCGCCGUUUUGUGCCUGGUGAUGGGUGCAACGGGGGAGCAGUGCUUCAGUGGGGGCUUGGACCACACCAUCCGCUGCUGGAAUGUGCCCAGCUCGACCAUUGACCCCUACGAUUCCUUCGAGCCUGGUGUCCUGUCGGGGACCUUGUGGGGACACACAGAUGCUGUGUGGGGCCUGUCCAUGCAUGCGACCAAACUGCAGCUCCUGUCUUGUUCGGGUGAUGGAACAGUGCGGCUCUGGUCCCCGCACAGUAAGGUGCCCCUGCUCCACACAUACACCGCCCCAGACCCAGCUGACGGCACUCCAACAUCUGUAGACUUCGUGCGAUCAGACUCCACCCAGAUGGCGGUGGCAUACACGACAUCUCGUUCUGUCAUCAUGGAUCUGGAGACGGGCAAGCAGGUGGUGCGGCUUGAAAGCGACCAAAAUCCAGAUGCGAGUGCCCUGAGCAAACAGAUCAACUGUGUGGUGAGCCAUCCGACCCUGCCCAUGACGGUGACGGCGCACGAGGAUCGCCACAUUCGCUUCUUCGACAACAACACUGGCAAGAUGGUGCACUCCAUGGUCGCCCACUUGGACGCAGUGACCAGCCUGGCCAUCGACCCCAACGGCCUUUACCUUCUUUCGGGCAGCCACGACUGUUCAAUCCGGCUGUGGAACCUGGACAACAAGACGUGCGUGCAAGAGAUCACCUCGCAUCGCAAGAAGUUCGACGAGUCGAUCUUCGACGUGGCCUUCCACCCGUCGAAGCCAUACAUUGCCAGCGCCGGAGCGGACGCCCUCGCCAAGGUCUUCGUCUGAGGAGGAAAAACCGGCAGCAGCCGAGGUGUGUCGUACGAAGAAAGAAAGAACUAGAGGAGCAGAUCGAUCCUUCUCUCUCUCCGCACACACCAUCUCUCGCACACAUGCGUGCCUCUCCACCCCUCGUCCUGCCACCACAUGUAACCGCACUGGCGUUGCGUCGCCACCGUGUCAUCUUCAUUGGCGAGUGUCGGGCAUAAGGAAAAGCUCGGGAGCUGGACACAUUUUUUGGUCAACAGGUCUUCGUGCACUCCUCACGAUACGGAAGAGAGGGGGAGUGUGCCGCCCUCAAUGCGUGUGAGUGUGUGUGUUUCAGCCGCCUAACCUAACUUAUUGAACCACCGCCACCACCGGCUCCAAGGGAGGUUUCGGGAAGGGGAAAGGAACAUUAAAAAAAAGGCUAUCGCCGCGUUCUGUACAUUUCCUUCGUUUUGCUUCAAGUUUCUACCGGAUCUUCCUCUUUUAUUACUUUUCCGUAAGUGUUGUUUAUUCUUGUGUCCUGUCCCCCGACCGUUGCCUUCCUUUGGCGUGUUUUCUUGCUCGUCGCCACAUCUCGGACGGUGUGAGAGAGAAAGAGGGGAGUGUUCGUGCGCGCGUCACUUGAGUCAACGAUGGAGCCACAAUCAACGGCUGAAAGAAGGGACGAAGGCUUUCGGCGAAGGGUUUGCGUCGAGCCAUCGCUGCCCCCGUCUGGCCGAACACUACAGACUCUCGGUUUUUUUUUUCUCUCUUGUUUCUUUUCCCCACCUGUCUGCCCACACUCAGACUCUCUUGUGUGGACAGUGAAUCCUAGGGAAACGUGUAUGUGCGGGAAAAAAAUCUCAACCUCUGUUGGGCUCAGCUUUGUGAGGUACCGCACUGUCGCCGCCACUGUAAGUAACAAUGCUAGUGCCGGAGUAGCUUCUUCUGUCUGUUGUUGCUGGAGUAUUGAAACCAAGAUGGCCUCUCCGUUGUUCCCGUGAAUGUGAAAGAAAAAAACUUCGGCGCAGGCUGGACGUAGUAUGAACGAGGAAUUGUGUGCUGCCACGCACUGCAUUUCUUUUUUUCUUUUCUUGCCUUGUCUUCUCGAUGAGUGCAUGGUUACACGUGUUUGUACGCUCAGUCUUUUUCGUCCGGUUUUUUGCUGUCCUUCCACUGUACGUGGCUUGUCAUCAGCAUGUGUGCGUGUUUGCCGGUCCUUUCACCUGUUCCUUGUGCAGUUCCUUGACUGGCACGCGUGCAGUUCUCUAGCCUUCGGAACCAUGGAAAAAAGUGCGGGGGUUCGGUAGUUGGUCGCAGCUAGUGUUUAAGAAAAAGUCGCGAGUGUCUCCCCCUUUUUCCCUGACCGCGAAACCGUUUGCGUCCGAAUGGAAACUUCCCAUGGCGACGACGCGAAAAAUAGUUUUUCCCGACAGUGGACUCGUGUAGUACUCAUAGGGCUAAACGCGUGGUGGAAGAUGUGAAAGGUUUCAAUGGCACCGUUGCCGAGAGCAAGCAUGGCAGUCAGGAGACUGGUUUCAACUUGCCGAAAAAGAAAUAAGCCAAGACGAAUGCAUCCAUGCUGCUGUUCUUUCUUUUUUAUGCCUGUCACUGUGGACUGCCGAAAAGACGCGAAUGGCUGCAUCGCAGACGUAGGCAUUUGACACACAGCACAUGUUUAGUGUUCUGUCCCAGCUGUGCGAGCGUAUUCUGUGUACAGAAAAAAAAAAUGGAUGUGCUGCGAGUUGCAAACUGUAGCUGAGGUAGUGGCCUCCGCAAGCGUUUCUCUUUUCAUUAUCACCGACCUGCAGCAUAGAAGGGCUCUUGGCUAACACGUGCCGUUGAUCCUGUCGGCAGACCGCAUGUGGUUGCAGUCUGCCUCAAUAACGUGAUGCGUUGGAGACAUCUAGGGGAGGACUACAAAGUUGUGCAUUGCCUUUUUUUUUUGCCCACCCCCCAGGUCUGCCCUACCUGCCUUGGGAAGUUUUUUCGUAUUGUUCCUACCACAUGUGUGUGUUUAGACUAUUCUAGUUUUGCACUAUCAUUUUCAGGUGUAUUGAAAGUGUCAAGAAAGAGAGUUGUCACAGUUGGCUUAAAUAUUAUUUUGCUUUCAUUACUGAUAUUUGCCAGCCAGCAGUGUUAAGUUCAGAAGAAUUCGAACUGUAGUGUGGCAGUCUUUGUGCAUUGCCUUUUGUAGGUCAAGAAAAAGGACUUUUGGGUUCCACCACCAUUUCUACUUAUCUGCAUAAAAUGGGCAGCUCUGAGAGCAGUUUCCCACUGCUUGUCUUUCUUGGUUCUACGAGAAGAUACCUGAAAGAGAAAUGUUUCCCGGUAUCUUGACUUGUGUGUUUUUUUAUCUUCAAGGUAUUUAUUAAUAUGUGACCAUUCUUUUAAUAAUUGAUCUUAUUUGUGACAGUUGGUGCCUGUCUUUCGUUGUUCUUGCCUUCAUUUUACUAAUACUGCGAGUUGGGGCUCCGUCCUCGGGUCACCCUUAUCAGUUGUACCAAAUGUCGCAUAAACACAACUUACAAGCAGCCCUUCUGGCCAAACUGCUUGCUCUUUUAGGCUCAAAUGCCACAGGGAGGUGGAAUCCUGCGGUCUGUUUUGCCAUCGUAGGCGUCUGGCAUAGCGUUCACACUUCUAAAUUGGUCACGAGAUGUGCAUAGCAAGCGUUCGUCGAAAUUGCACAGUCUUGCAUUGUUUCCAAGGACUCUCGGUGGAAAACAGUAAAUGCCAUAAUGCUUAGUACCUCACAAGAUUUUCUUGUUCAUGCUCCUUGUGACUAUCGAGUAAGAUUAUACAAUGAAUCCACUACGAAAUUCUGCCUCUGUGGGAUGUUGGGCCUGAUUGAAGUUGUGCAGCCUAGCCGGAUGAGUUCUUCGAACGUUAUGUACCCGCCAAUUGAGUACACUGUGGACCAGCGUCUCGUGUGAAUGCUGCGCCGUGACUCUUAAAGGAGGACUGCUUAAAAGAAAGAUGUGGCGAGGGAGAGAGAGGUCAGAAGGAGGAAUGCCUGCAAUGACUGUGGACUCAAGAACUGUGUAAUUUCUUUUCUUUUCCAGAAUUGUAAUAUGUACAGAAGAACUGUAUGUAGUCAUUUGCAAAUGUUUAUUAGUAGAAGAGAAGCAAUUUACCAUUUUCUUGUUUUACGGUUUGUCUGCCUUUAACCUUUUUGUUGUUCUUGAAGUUUACUUGUGUGAGUGUGUGUGGUCUUAAUGGCACCCCUCUGCCAUGGUACAACUGAGUUGAAUGUGUAAUUUCUUUUCUUCCCUCCCCGCCCAAGGACGCUGCUACUCGUGGUGGUGCAUUGGAACAUCUUUCUGUAAUAAUGACUGUCCAUAUAUGUGUUUGACUUGGGGCCCGAUUCACAUGGCCAUCGAAUGCUUAGUUACAAUGCUGCCACGGUAGAUUUGCGAGGUGGAGUUACACCGCCAGUUUCUGCUGACUGAUGGAAUGUUGAUGGCAUUAACCCGUGCUGUUAGCAUGGCCAACAAAUUGCUUCUUAAAGAAGACGCAGCCAUUAAAGCACAGUACAGUCUCUAACGCUGAUGCUGCUUUGGGACGUGAACGAGCGUUUGACAGCUCUGCGAUUCGGGCCUAACAAACGUGAAGCAGUUUGGACAAAGCUGUGCAAGUAGGCAGGUCGUAUUAUAACUGCUGCUUAUAAUUGCCAAUUUUAAGUUUACAAACAUUGAAAUAUUUUGAGGCGUUACUUGCAAGAUAAUGCAAUAGGCCUUUGCCAUAUUGCCUCAAAUUUUCACCAGGCCACAGUGCAGCGAAGAGCUUGUCGAACAGCUUCAUUACUAUGCAAUGGCAACAAGAAAAAAAAAAGCUUGUUGAAAGAGUGUGGCAGUCUUGUACAUCUGCUGUUCACAGCUCUUAAGCGUCCUUGGUUCUGGUUUAAUUCGGGUGUUAAAAUUGCGUGCUUGAGAAUAAAGCAUUGGUGCUGGCUUGAUAUAAAGAUUUUUUUCCAGCGGGCUUUAAUUUGGCCCAGCAAAUGCAGGUGUUCUUAAAUGCCAACUCGCUUUCGAUGUCUGGUAUGCAAAAUUUAAUGUCAUUAACAUCAUUUAUAGGACUCUGCCUUGGGUGCAGCGCCCUUGGACCAUCCUUGUUUGCCGAUAGCAGAUGGAGAGCUUUCUUCUUUUGUGUAAAUCUGUUACCAAGUUUAUGUGCAGAGGAUUUAAAUAAAGCAAAUACAAAAAAAGUAGGUUUUCAAAGUUUGCAAUGGGAAUGUGGAAGGAAGCAUGGCUAUGCGAGAUGAUGCAGAAGUUGAAAUAUUGGUUUUCGUGUCUGUUUUAUUUUUUCUUUUGCGCUGUUUUUCCAGCUUGGACGACGAGACGGGGAAGAAGUUUGUUUCGAUAAAAAUGGUAAAUAAAGAUUUGUGAGUGAUCCA